GAAUUGCAGUGGAGCGCAGUUGUUGAUUACCUUGUUGAACAGUCAUUUGCGAAAACUUCCUAAUCACUACCUCAUCAGACAUUCCAUGAGUUGUUGAAUUUGCCAAUUAUUGGAUGCACAAAGCAUAACAUGUUUUGCAAAAUUUGUGAGGUGUCGUCUUCAGAGCUUCAUUUUGGAAUCGUUUCUUGCAGAUCGUGUGCGGCGUUUUUCCGAAGAUAUGUAAACUCUCCAAAGCAGCUGAAAAAAUGCAAUUGUGAAGCGGAGCGGGCUCCGUGCAGAUAUUGUAGGAUGAAGAUGUGUGUGAAAAAUGGAAUGAUGAUCACAAAAGUUCAACAAAAACGCGACCACAAUCUCCCGCGAGCUGGCAGAAAUUUUAUUGAGACGGCACAAAUUGCUCUUCGCAACAAUGAUCGAACUCUCAACGCACUGAGUAAUUACCGAAUUCUUGCCAAGGAAAGAGAAGUUGUUCAUAAAUCUUCGAGUUCGGAGCAGAUUAACUAUUUCGAGUAUACCAGUAUUGCAAUUGUGGAUUCUCGAAUUUUAUGGAAAAAGUUGGAGAAAACAUUCCUAGAGUUGCAGGACCUUAAUGAUCUGGACAAGUUGAAUUUAUUCUCAAACUUUUAUCCAAAGUGGACAUUUUUUGAGUCGGCUAUUUUUGCUGUUGAGAAAAAAUCGGAUGUUCACACAUUUUUCGCGCCGAAUGGAAAACCAGCAAAACAAAUUUCGAAAUUUUAUAAAGACUGCAUGAUUGGGAAAAGUAUGAAGGAUAUUGAUGUUUAUCGCAUAUUUGAACCGUAUUGGAAGUCGUACUAUGUCCACGUGGCAUAUCCAUUGUUCGAAUUGAAAUUUGAUCAAAUGGAAUUAAUGGCUCUGCUUGCACUGAUGUUAUUGGAUCCAGGAUACACAAAUAUAUCAGAAAAAUGCUCUGAAAUGUGUCAUCGAAUGAGAAAAGUUAUUCAAAGAGAGUUGAGAGGAUAUUAUUUGGAGAAUAAUAAACCUACAGAUCGAAUGUUGAAAGUUUUUGAGGCAUUGCUUUUAAUGGAGAAAACAGAUCGCUGGCUUCAAGAAGAAGUUCAAAUGUGCGAGAUGUACAAUGUUCAAGCUGAUGAAGAGUUCCGUCGAAUGGUGUUGGUUCGGAAAAUUUAAGUGUUUUUACUGAAAACUUCGCACAUAUUUUGGCUCUCUCACUGUUAUUUUUAAAUAUGUACUAUUUUUAUUUUUUUUGACCAUAAAAAUGGCAAUGAUGUUUUGCAACAGAGAAUACAAUUUAAAAAAAUCUUUGAACUCCACGGUUACAACGAAAGCGUGUCAGACUAUUUAUCGCUCAAUUUUUAGUGUUUUUCUCAUUAACUAAUUCAUAGAUUUUGUUAUCAGCUUAUUCCUCAGAGAUCCCACUUAUUGCGGCUAUUGUUCUGAUUACCCUUAUUUCCGUUUUUUAUCUCUUUCAUUUAAUAUUACGUAUUUCAGAUUUUGUAUAGAUAAUAUUGGUAUUCGCUCAAAUUUUUGUGUUGAGACAGCUCAUAAUUUCAGGCCUAUUGAAUACAAUUUGUGUUUUUU